AGAAGAAUGGAGGAGUGAUCAUCUCUAAUGAAGGCUGGGCGUCUGCUCUGCUCGUGCAGGGAAAGUCAUGUGUUGAAUGAAUUUGGAGAAAACCUUUUUUCAGGUUAGCCCUGUUAACGUCUCUGACAACAAAAGCCAUAACUGAGCACUGUGUCCAAUUAUUUUAAGUCAACAGAAGUCAUUUACAAAUAUCAGGACUAAACAACAGAAUGUGUUCUAGUCUGUUAUUGUGUCAUGACUCAGUCGAUGAGAAAAGAGGAAAUGAGAAACCACAGGAAGAGUUACAAAUGAUGUCAAGAAGAACUAAAAGUAGAUGAUGAGAAGAGAAUCAGCGAGAGAAGCACAACAUGACUGAGAAGAGUGAUAUCUGUCUGCUGGCACUGAUCCUUCUCUCUUCACUAUUCACAGGUGUGAGUGGAGCAGAAGUGAGUCGUGUGUUCAUCAGUUCUGGUGAAAGUGCGUCUCUGCCCUGUAAUGAUACUCUUCAUCAAUGCUCCUCAACUACAUGGAUCUACAAUAAUUAUACAUCAUCAUCUGCAGUAGAAGUGUUUGCUGGAGGAAUAAACAAGAAUAACAGUGAGAGAUCUGAGAGAAUGAGUAUGACGUCUGACUGCUCUCUCAACAUCUAUAACACAACACAACAUGAUGGUGGAGUUUACACCUGCAGACGAUAUGUGAAUGGACUUCAAGAAGGACCUGAUUCACAGGUUUAUCUCCAUGUUCUUCAUGUGUCUUCAUCAUCAUCAUCAUCAUCAUCACAGACUGAGAUAAGAGCAAACACACCUGUCACUCUCUCCUGUCAGCUGUGGUCACAUGACUCGUGUGAUUAUUUGCUCCGUGUUGAUGGAUUUCAGCUGGUGUGGAUGAAUCAGGCUGAUGUUGAUCUACAGACAGACUCCAGAUAUCAGAUUAGAUCAGAUGAACAUGAUUGUCUCAUCUCUCUGACUACAACACUGGUGAAUGAAGACAACAACACAGAGUUGAGAUGUGUGCUCAAACACAAGAAUGACAUCAAGACCUCAGUCACACAUACGGUCAGAUUUACAGAUUCAAACAAGAUUCUAGUGACCACCACAAACCCCGAGAGAUUCUCAACUCCUAACACACCAGGAACUACACAACAACAACAACAACAAGUGACGAACUCUCAAAUAGUGACUAUUGCUGUGAUCGCUCCAUUACUUCUUCUACUUACUGUUGCUGUUCUGUGUGUGAUUUAUAUAAAAAGAACAGAUCCGAGAUUGUCUGGAGACCCUGUGGUCACAUCUAAGAAUGGCAAUAAUGGAACAUAUGACACCAUCAACAUCCUUCCUCCUACUCCUGGCACAAAUAAAGAUGAUGUGGUUUAUUCCGAGGUGACCAUUGCCAGUAAAAAACAACUGAAGAGCAACAAUGUUCAGUCUGCCAGUGAUGUGACUUAUGCCGUCAUCAGAUGAGGAAAAACAGAACCUGAAGACAACUGCAGACAGCUUUACACCUCCCUGAACAAACCACUCGCAAAUAAAACACAAACACACAUAAUUAUACAAAUCACACGACGCAACAACAACAUAAACACAAAAUAUAUUAGGUUUCAGUCAGUGACUUAUAUUUCCUUUGACAAACAAACUCAAGUGCUGAUUUGAUUUGAUUUAUUGAUCGGCUUUGGAAUUUUUGUUUAUUAUUUGAUGUUAUUGUCCACAUUUUAUUGAAUCCUAACAUGUCUGAUGAAUUUUCAUAGGUCUUGUAAAUACUGGGUAAAUACUUUUUAAAGGGUGUGGGGACAUUAUUUGGUGGACCUUCACAGAACAUUCAAGACGUUCUCUGAACUGUUUGUGUGUAUAUAAAAAGAAAAAUCUAAGAAAAUGAAAUCAAAGUGUUUCAUGAAUAAAUUUUAAAGAAAUUGCUUUUAAACUCGUUUGUUUUAUAUUCAUAUUUUUAUAUUAUGUUGCAAGAAUGAAAAUGAACCAACAUGGUAAAUUGAUGGUUACUGUGAUUUUACUAGAAAUAUCAUAGUAAAUCAAACACUGAUCACAAUAAUGGGG